AAAAAAAACCAGUUGCCAUCAAGUCGAUUCCAUGCUUCAGAGUAGCACUGUGCUCAUAGGGUUUUCAAUGGCUGUGACCUUUCAGAAGUAGGCAGCCAGGCCUGUCUUCCAAGGUUUCUCCAAGUGAAUUUGAACUACCAAUCUUUAAUCAUUUGAGCCACCCAGGGACUCCUAUUGUCAAGGUCAGAGCCUCAAAAAUAAUUUCAGUCUACAUCUAGAUCCCUGUUCUGCAAGGUUGAGGAACAGCAGAACAAGGGGCUCCCUCCCCCCCACCUUCCCUAAGUGUCCCUUAGAGAAGAUAAGCAGAGACUGGCUAGACAAUAAAGGGGAAGGGCGUACCCCACUGCACACACUCCCUCCCUGGAGCUCCUGUCCUCCUGACCUACAGUGACCUGGGAUGCCAUUUCCAGCCACUUGUCCAUUUGGGUUGUUUCUGCUGGGAGAACUUCAAACUAAGUGUCUCCCCGUUUCAGUAUAAACUUUAGAGUUUCCUGAUUCAUGCAAGCCUUUAUAACCAUAAAAUGUCAUUAAAAACUUCCAAAUAGAUGUUGUGACUCAAAACCUCAAACAGUAGUCAUUUUAGAAUGUGCCUGUGCAAACUACAGUGUCUACCCCCUCCCAUCCUGACACAUUUUCCCGGGUGAGAAUAUCCCUGUCUGAGAUAUGAACACUUCCCAUUCCCGGCAGCCCAGCCCCACCCACACAUGUCCACAUGAAGCCAUACACACAGAGAGGGGCUGAAUUCCCUGUGUGGUGUGUGCGGAUGUGGCCAGAGUCUAGACCACGUAAAUGCAGUGGUUCUCUGUGGCCACCGAGCACAUUUGGGAACCUACUAGUGCCAAGACCUUAACUCAGGCUUCCAGGAAACUGAAUGAGGACAGGAGGGUCAAAGGGAGAACCUGAGAGGUGAUGCUUCUGGGAGACUCAGGCGUCGGCAAAACCUGUUUCCUGAUUCAAUUCAAAGAUGGGGCCUUCCUCUCCGGGACCUUCAUAGCCACCGUCGGCAUAGACUUCAGGGUUCCCCACUGUUCUGAUGCGGUGAUCCAGCUGGUGAUGUUCCUGGGACUUGUCACAUCUCCUCAAGCCCUAGAGAGGGGCCAGGACAGGAGCCUCCAAAACAAGGUGGUGACCGUGGAUGGUGUAAGGGUGAAGCUGCAGAUCUGGGACACCGCAGGGCAGGAGCGCUUCCGCAGUGUCACCCAUGCCUAUUACCGAGAUGCUCAGGCCCUGCUCCUGCUGUACGACAUUACAAACAAAUCGUCCUUCGACAACAUCCGGGCUUGGCUCACUGAGAUUAAUGAGUAUGCGCAGAGGGAUGUGGUGAUCAUGUUGCUAGGCAACAAGGCGGAUGUGAGCAGCGAAAGGGAGAUCCGUUCAGAGGACGGGGAGACCCUGGCCAGGGAGUAUGGAGUUCCCUUCAUGGAGACCAGCGCCAAAACAGGCAUGAACGUGGAGCUAGCCUUUCUGGCCAUUGCCAAGGAGCUGAAAUACCGGGCCAGGCAGCAGGCCGGUGAGCCCAGCUUCCAGAUCCGAGACUAUGUGGAGUCCCAGAAGAAACGAUCCAGUUGCUGCUCCUUCGUGUGAUGGCCAAGGGGCUGGGCGGAGGCUCCAGAGACCCAGAUGAUACAGCCAUCUCCCCCUACCCAGUCUAUUCCCAAGUGGCUGAGCCAAUGGGGGGAGAGCUGGGGACCUGGUGCACAGCCCCUUCCAAGAGGGAGCUGUCCUCCAGCUCCUACCCUAGUUACUGUAGCUUCCCUGCAUCUGGAGGAGGGUAAACUAUUUACAUUUCAUUUUAAUCCCAAAAAAGGGCACCAGGUUCCCCGGAAGAUGGGCAGGGACCUGGUGGCCCUGUUAUCUUUUAGUAUUAGGACUUCCUGUGUGGCUGGGCCUGCCUUCUGGCCACAAGGAAAGCAUUGCUCCAGCCAGCACCAGGGGGCACUGGUGCACUUCUGCCCGAUUCCCUGGGGCCUGAGGGCUGGUAGUGUCCCUGUCACUACUUUAGCUGGAAAGAGGCUGAGCAGACCCCAGCCCUCAUUUCUUCCAGCUCCCAGGGGAACAAUCUUCCCCAAUAAGAUGGGACCUUGUGCUGGGAGCCUCAGGGAGGGGAAACAGGAGCAACAGAGACUAGGGCCUGUUUGGCUACCUUCAGACCUUACCAACUGCCCUUCUGGAGACAUGGCCCUUUUCCUCAAGCAUACAAGCACAUGGGAACACCUGGGAACAUUUGGUUCCUCUUCUCUGGACCUCAGAUCCUGGGAAAGCCCCUCCUCCCUGAACCCCUGAUCUUAUCUACCUUUCUACCUGAGCCCCUAGACACCUAAGAUCAGAGCUAGGGAAAAGGUUUUCUUUUUGUCCCAAGCCCUUGGCAGUAAGCAACCCCGCAGGCCGCUUUUCAAGCAGCUCUAGUGCUUCUCCUGGAUUAAGAUCUGCAUAAAGAGAAACCCCCAGCUCCCGUAGUAGGUGGGAGGCAUAGCCGAGCGACCCUCUCCCCACCUGUAUCUCCCUAAACCCAAGCUCUGCCUCCUUCCUGACCCCUCAACCCCCAGGCCCUUUUCUUCUCAGACACCAGAGCCAAAACUGCCUCACCUCCCUCCUACUGAGUCAGGUAAACUAAUACAACAUGUGCAAAAUAAGGUCAUGUGGCUACAUCUGGGGUGGAGAUGAGGGUCAGCAAGGAGUUUCUGUGGGGCCAAGGUCACACGUCUCCCAAAGCCCCAGCCCAGCAGUUGGAAGUGGACAGAAGAGGCACCUUUACCCCAGCUCCGCAGCCUGGGGAGGGUUGAAGAAGAGAAAUGUCCUGCACGUUUAGGAGGCAACUGCAUUUGCUUUAAAGGCAGAAAUUUUGCUCUCUGAGCAGAGUCAGCGGCUCCCACUUGGGCCUGAUAAGGAAGCUCUUGGUGGCGUCUCCCAGCCAGAGCAGGGAGGAGCCUGACCUUGCUAGGCUCUGCGGCCGCAGGCUGGUCACAGGCCAUCCAAUCACUCACGUGGGCUGCUUUGGGUCUCUAGCAUUUGAGUUUUUCAGAAUUAAAUUGCAGUAUUUUGGAAAGUUCACCCUGCCCACUGCUUCUUUGAGAUGUACCUUGGACUGGGGGAUCACAAAGAAGGGACUGUUAUUGCAAGCUGGAAGAACUGUCAAAACAAACAAACCCAUUGACGUGGAGUCUAUUCCAACUCAUGGUGACCUCAUGUGUUACAGAGUAGAACCCUGGUGGAGCAAUGGUUAAGUGCUAAGCUGUUAACCAAAAGGUUAGUGGUUUGAACCCACCAGCCACUUGACAGGAGAAAAGACCUGGCGAUCCGCUCCGGUAAAGAUUGGAAACCAAACCUGUUGCCCUCAAGUCAAUUCCAACUCUUAGUGACCCUAUAGAACAGAGCAGAACUGCCCCAUAGGGUUUCCAAGGAGCAGCUGGGGGACUAGAACUGGCGACCUUUAGGUUAGCAGCUAUCAUGGAUUGAAUUGUGUCACCCAAAAAUAUCUGAAAACUUGGCUAGGUCAUAAUUCCCAGUAUUAUAUGAUUAUCUACCAUUUUGUUAUCUGAUGUGAUUUUACUGUGUGUUGUAAAUUCUAUCACUAUGAUAUAAUGAGUUAUAUGAUGAGAUCUACAAGAUUAGAUUGUGUCCUGAGCCAACCUCUUUUGAGACAUAAAAGAGAGAAGCAAGCAGAGAGACAUGGGAACCUUAUACUACCAAGAAAGCAGCGCCGGGAGCAGACUGAGUCCUUUGACCUGAGGUUCCUACGCUUAGAUGCUCCCAGACCAGGAGAAAACUGAUGACAGGGACCUUCCUCCAGAGCCAACAGAGAGAAAAAGCCUUCCCCUGGAGCCGGCCCCCUGGAUUCAGAAUUCUACUACUGGACUGUGAGAGAAUAAACUUCUCUUUGUUAAAGCCAUCCACUUGUGGUAUUUGUUAUAGCAGCACUAGAUAACUAAGACAGCAGCCAAGCUCUUAAUCACUGUACCACCAGGGCCCC